AUUCAAUCGCGUCGCCGACUUCGACGAGCUGUGGGCCGGCGACAUGCUCGAAGUCGAGGUGGCUGGCGUGAAGGUUCUGCUGGUCCACACCGAAGAGGGCGAAGUGCAGGCAGUGCAGGCCAUGUGCCCGCACCAGGCCGUCGCGCUGAGCGGCGGUGAAUUGCGCGGCAGCAGGAUCACCUGCCCGGCCCAUCGCUGGGAACUCGAUGCCGUCAGUGGCAAGGGCAUCAACCCCUGUCAUGCCGAACUCGCGCUCUACCCGACCAAGGUCGUGGACGGCCAGAUCUACGUCUCCGUCCGAGAUGUCACACCCAAGCACUGCAAGCCCUGA